CGCGUGUCUCGGAGCGGCGCGUGGGGCACCUGCUCGUCUGGCGGCAGCGGCGGCUGCUGCUCUCUGCCAGCGCAAAGCUUCUUAUUUCUUGUUCUACUGCUGCCCAGCUGCUUGUUGCCGGUUCCCGUCGCCUCCUCCUUCACCUCCUCUUCUUCCUUGGGCGCGAGUUGGGUUCCUCCGGUGGGGCUUAUCCCUUCCUUCCUUCCACCCUUCCUUCCUUCCUUCCUUCUUUCUUUCCUCUCCUCCUUCGCCCCCUCUCAACCAACCAGCCCCCCCCCCCCCCGCGCGCUGCCUGCGAGUCACGUGCCCAUUGCCUGAGGCAGAGACUAAAGAGGAACCUUAAAAAUAUAUAUAUAUCAAAAAGGGGGGCGCCUCAUUCCUUCCACCGCCAUACUGUAUUUUAUAGUAACUCGCAUUUUUAUUCCUUCCUUUUACUCCCGCUCGGUGAGUACCUUUCCGCUGACAUUCUUGUCCUCCUUUUUUUUUAAAAAAAACUCCUUUUUGUCCUGUUUUGUUUUUUUUCCUCUUCCUUUUUGUUUUUGCUGCCUUUUUUUAAAAAAAACCUCUUUGUUUUCAUGGAUUUGGUCCUUUUUUUUCUGAUGACAAGUUUUUCCCCCCUUUUUCUUAGCAUGCGAUGGUUUAAACUGGGAGCAAAAAGGUGUUGCUGGGACUGGAAGUCGCUAACCAUAGCCAUCUGAGGAAGAGAGAGAGAGAAACAGAGGAAUGAGACUUGCCAGUCCAGCAAUAACGUAAAUGCAUAGGCAUGAUAACGUAUUGAUACAUUGUUGUUGACAAAAAAGGCGAAUUGGCAUGUUGCUUAACUCUCUUUUGCAGAGAUUUUUUGGAUGAUGUUGUUUUGUUUUUGGUUUUUUUGUAUAUAUAUUUAUAUGGAAUUUGACUAUAUGCCUUUUACAGCCGUGUUUACAAAGAGUUUGUGAUCUUGCAAUACUGGUGCGUGCCACUGAGCAAGAUAUUAAUCUUUAUUAAAUGUUUUUUUGUUUUUUUUUAAUUUUGUUUCCUUUUUUUGGACAAUCAGCUGUUUUUCUUCUUUUGCUGUUUUUGGAUGCUGGUUUAUAACGUGAAACUUUUCUUGCAGCUUGGUACUGUUGAUCAUUUUUAAAAAUUUCUAAAUAUAUCUAUCUAUCCAUUCUAUUAUAAGAGAGCCCAAGAUCAUUCCUUCCCCAAAUUUCAUGAUUUUUUUCAUUCUUUUAUACCAAGAUAAUUUUAUGAUGAUGAUCAUAAUGUUGAUAGAUAUACCCGUAUAUACAAAUAAGUUUUCAAAUGAUGGCAGUGGAAGGUUUUCCUGGAGAAUGAAGUGCGGUUUGGUUUCCUUGUCAACGGAAGAUGAAGUGAACACCCGAACAUCUCCCCAGUGCAGGGCUGCAGUCAAGUGAGCCAGUCAUGACCGGAAAAACACAGACCAGUAAUGUAACCAAUAAAAAUGACCCCAAGUCCAUCAACUCAAGAGUCUUCAUUGGAAAUCUCAACACAGCCAUUGUCAAAAAAGGUGACAUAGAGGCAAUCUUCGCGAAAUAUGGAAAAAUAGUUGGCUGUUCGGUGCACAAAGGUUACGCAUUUGUACAAUACAUGAGUGAGAGGCAUGCAAGAGCUGCUGUAGCAGGAGAAAACGCCAGAAUCAUUGCUGGACAACCACUUGAUAAAAUUGUAAAGGAAAAAGCUGUAUCAGAUAUCAACAUGGCAGGAGAGCCAAAACCAUACAGACCUAAGCCAGGAAACAAGCGGCCACUUUCAGCUCUCUACAGACUUGAAUCAAAGGAGCCUUUCCUGUCUGUUGGUGGCUACGUCUUUGAUUAUGAUUACUACAGAGAUGAUUUCUAUAAUCGGUUGUUUGAUUACCAUACCCGGGUCCCUGCACCGCCUCGUGCUGUAAUCCCAUUAAAACGUCCCCGGGUAACAGUAACAGCAACUCGCCGAGGAAAGGGGGUACUUUCCAUGAAAGGUGGAUCAAGAUCUACAUCUAGUGGAACUUCCUCAUCAGGAUCAAAGUUGAAGUCAGAUGAGUUGCAGACAAUCAAAAAGGAAUUAACUCAGAUCAAAACAAAAAUUGACUCUUUGCUAGGGAGACUAGAGAAGAUUGAAAAGCAGCAGAAGGCUGAAGCAGAAGCCCAAAAGAAACAAAUAGAAGACAGUGCAGAUUUGAUCCAAGAUGAGUGCAUAUCAGAGAAUGCUGACAACUCUACUGAAGAUCCUAUUGAAGGAGGCCUGGAUGGAGAUGGAGAAGAGAUGACUGAUGGCAUAGAGGAGGACUUUGAUGAGGAUGGAAGUAAUGAGCUGUUUCUGCAGAUAAAAUGAAUUGGGAGUCAUAUCCAGCCACUGUGGAAACCAAGAAGACUGACUUCUCUAUCUGGAAAUGUGACCUGAAAUUUCUUGCCGGCUGAGAACACCUUUAACUCAGUUUUUGUGAAGAACUGAAAUAACUCUUUGAAAUGGAAACUACCAUUCAAAACUCAGAAAUUCUUUUUCUUAUAUGUUCUAAAGCUGUACAAUUGUCAGAUUUUUAUGGUUUAGAUUGUAAAUGUGUUUUUCCUGGCUAAUUAUUGGUAUUAUUUUUUUAAUUUUGAUGUCAGAAAGCCAAUUACUUGUAUGAUAAUAGGAAGGGCAUAUUUAAAAUGAUGAGGACACUGUAUACAAAUGUAUAUUUGUAAAAGCUAUUUUUAUGAUUAGCAUGUUUUAUGGUUCAUUAUAUUUAAAGUCAGGUGAUAUUGCACUUAAAUGUUUACAGCAUAAUGAAAUGAGAUCAUCAAAGUUUUAUGAUUCAAUAUGUUAACUGUAUUUUGAUUAUUUGUAUUUAUUUAUAUUCCUGUUUUAAAGCAAGUACAUUGAUUAAAUGGGAUCUUAAUGGUGGGUAAAUAAUAUUCAUGGCUGGGUUUUUCCCCCAAGCUAUCAUUAUACUAAUGGAUGUGAUGUUAUGCACUAGUUCUGUGCAGAGUGGGAAAACUUCAGAUAAUUUCAAUACUCAAAUGUACAUCCUCUCACCUUACUAAAAUGCAACUUUUCCAUCUUCUCCUACUCUGCCUUAGCAACACAUAAGGCCACUGGACAGAAUAGAUGAAAAUAUUUCAAAAAUUCUCUAAAUACUUCCAAUAUUGCUGCCACAUUAAAAAACUGUAGUUGAUUUUAUAUCUACUCUUCAAUCCAUUUUUGUCUGGAUUUCUAUUAUUGGAUCUAUUAUGUUAUAUGGUUGAAAGCUAUAGUUUGAACUUACUGUUACUUUAAUCUCCAAUCGCUGUACCAGUUUACCUGGUGCUAAAUUGUCUCAUUGGUCCAUGUCAUUCCAAAAAGCUGCAAAGAGAACUUUACAUUAUGCACUGUAUUUCUCUGAACUCAUUUCUGAUCCCCGAGGCUAUCAGUUUUUCUCUGAUGCUUGAAAUUAGAAUUCUUCCUGCGAUUGCAAAUUAAUUCCUUCCAUAGUUCCUCUGAAUAAACUUUAUUUCCCCUCAAAACAAAUUACAAAACAAAUUGGUAAAAUUUGCCUUAUUUGUUAAUAAGCAUGUCUAGAUCCACCUACAGUUUAUGGCUAUAGCUGCCUCAUUAUCAGAGAAAGAGCCAGACACCUGACAGUUUUGAAAAUAAAAUUGCACAGACCAAUUUUGUUUUAUCGCCUUAAUGCCAGACUGGUUCAAUUAUGAUUCAUAGCAGGAAAAGGUACCAGACUUGUAGAAAUAUGACAUUUUUAAAACAGUUGGCAUGUCUAAGGGUUAUUUUGUAAAAGUAUAUUUUAAAGCCAUUCUUACAACAUUUAAAGCCCUUUUCUGAUGAUCAAGAGAGCAUCCUACACACGCUUGCAUCGCAGGGCCAGAUCUUGCCCAGUAUUUAUUUUAUCAGACAUUGACGCAUGGUAUGCAUGCUGUGGGACACACAUAGUGUUAGGGAAAAACUUGUUACUCCGUAUGUGAUAUGCAUUCACUUGAUGUGUGCCCACCAUAAUAAAACAUAUCAAAGGGGCUCUUUAAAGACAUUAGUACAGAUGACAGUGCAGUUUAGAAGAAAUUUCACUAUAUUCACAGGCAUCUGGGUUAUGUUUUUGUAGUGCUGGAAUGAUUCCUUUCUGUAAAUUCAUUCCUCUGUUAUCUUCGCAAACUAUUAUCCUACUGCACAGAGCACCUGUACUACUCAUCUGUUUGGAUGAGGAUAAUUUUUGUAUAGUGAGCCCUCCAUACAAGAGAUUGGUUCCAGCCCUCCCUACAAUCCCGGAAAACAUGGAUGUCCCAGUCUCUUAUAUAAAAAGAUGUCCUUUACAACCCCACCCCAUGCAUACAGCCACCACUGCGCAUUCACAAACCCCAACCUUCCCAGCCCACCUUGACAACCAGUUCCCUCUUCCAUCCUGGUCAUGCACUCUUCCAGCCUAUCAUUUCCUAUGUGCACCCUGAAGGCAGAUAUCAAAUGCAAGCAUGAGCCAGAGCUUCCGCUCCCCUCUCUCUCCUGGGCCACUUCAGUACCUACUUCAGCUUCAGUGUCCAUCACAGUCUCCUCAUGAGGCCACUGGGCAGGCUAAGGGAGAGAUAAAACAUCCUGCAACGCUUUUAUUCUUCUAAAACUGUGUUUUUCUUGUUUUUAAAGCAUUUGAAUGUUGAAUUUCUAUUAUUAUUUUUGAUCUUGUAUUGGUUGAAUCCAUAGAUCCAAAGCUCACAUAUCCAGAGUGCCCUCAAUAAACACGUUUUUCAUUAAUAGAGAGACAGGGGAAAGGAGAAUAACUUGUUGAUGCAGUAACUUAAAACCAAAUCUGAGUAUCACCAAACUGGGGAAAUGUUUCUGAUUAACUAGAUGCACAAACGAGGGCUGACAUCCUGUUAAUAACAUAGGCAGCCAUAAAUCCAACUUAAACCUGUGUAUAUCUUUCAUUAUUGCAGAGGUUUGGAUUCUCAUUCUCCUCUGUGCAACAACCAAAAUCUUAAAAAAAACAAAAAACCUUGGCCAGAAUUUAACUUUCUUGACUACAUGCUACAUCCUUUCAAAUGCAGCAGUUUCCUGACUAAUGGAGGGUAUGGGUGAGAUUGGAAGUACACAUCAGCCUCUGAAUGUGCAGCUGGAGGCACAAUGAGAAGACAUCAUCUGGGUCCGACCAAUGAUCCUGUGAAAGUUCUGGAGGAUCACGUUGUCACUCUGCAUAUAUCCCGAGGCACAUGACUAAAUGUUAUUCCAUUCACAUCCACACUUCCCUAUCAGCAAGUAAAUACCAUUUUGGGGGGUGUGCAGCCUGUAAAAGUUGGACUUUAUGGAGAGGAGAUAGGCAGAACUUUGCACAUCUUAUCCUAAUGCAGCAUCUCAUCAUGUGAAGCUGCCUUGUAGUGAUUCUAUGAGUCAAACCAUUGGCCCUUCUAGUUCUAUAUUGUGUACCGUUCUUGAUAACCAGUCUUUCUUAGUCCUAUAAGCUAUUUUUGAUUAAAGAUGCCAAGAAUUGAAGCAGUCCUCUCUGUGUGCAAAAUGUUUUAUAUCGAGUAAUAUUAACCUUGCAUGUAUACCAUCCCAUUGCACUAUUACAGCAUUUGCACUAAAGCAGGCUGGUACCAAUGCAAUCAGUGGCUAGAAAAAGGAAACAUGGUGUGAAGUUUUUCCCGAAUGUGAUCCAUCCUCUACUCUGCUGUGAACAUGUGCCCACAUCCAUCUGCAUGUAAGAGAAAUUAAUCCAGAUGGCUGUUUUAUUGUAACCUCUAUUUACAAUCUGAUCAGGGCAACUAGUUGUUAAUCUUUCUAAAUCCUUGCAGUGUAGCACUGGAGCUUUUUGUUGACAAGGAGAGAGAGGAGUUGGAUUCUUACACUAUGAAAAAUGUCAUAACCUGAAUACAUUUUGACAUUUUAAAACCAUGAUGAUUUCUUUAAAAAACAGAAAAAAACAAUGGAUCUAAAGUUGGAAUAUCUUGCUCCAUGUCUUCUUGUGUAAUCACUCAUGAUGGUUUUGUUCCAAAUGUUGUAACAUAAUUUUUACAUUCCUGUAAAUAAAUAUUUUCUCUGAUUAAUGCA